AUGACUCAAUCAAACUUACUAUCAAAAAGGUUUCAUACCAAGUCUGGAAAAGAGGUUUCAAUUGCACUUGGUACUGGCACAAAAUGGAAACAACAACAAACAAUCAAUGAGAUCAGCCCAGAGUUAGUAGACAACAUUCUUUUAGCGUUAAAAUUGGGAUUCAGACACAUUGACACCGCCGAAGCUUACAAUACCCAAAAGGAAGUAGGGGAAGCGCUCAAGAGAACUGAUGUUCCAAGAGAAGACCUUUGGAUCACUACCAAGUAUAGUCCAGGUUGGGGUUCCAUCAAAGCUUACAGCAAGUCACCAAAAGAGUCGAUUGACAAAGCUUUGAACCAACUCGGUGUUGACUACAUUGACUUGUUUUUGAUCCACUCUCCCUUUUUUACGACUGAACAAACCCAUGGUUACACUUUGGAACAGGUGUGGGAAGCUCUAGUUGAAGCAAAGAAAGAGGGCAAAGUUAGAGAAAUCGGGAUUUCAAAUGCAGCUAUUUCUCACUUAGAAAGACUAUUUGCAGCUUCUCCUAGUCCUGAGUACUAUCCUGUUGCCAAUCAAAUUGAAUUUCAUCCAUUCUUACAAAAUCAAUCAAAAAACAUAGUUCAAUUCAGUCAAGAUCAUGGUAUCUUAGUUGAGGCGUUUUCACCAUUGGCACCCUUAGCAAGAGUUGAAUCAAAUGCUCUUGCUGGGACUUUAAAGACUUUGUCUGAAAAGUACAACAAGACUGAGGCUCAGAUAUUGUUGAGAUACACUUUACAAAGAGGAAUUUUGCCAGUCACUACAUCUUCGAAGGAAAAUAGAUUGAAAGAGUCUUUAGAUUUGUUUGACUUUGAAUUGACUAAGGAGGAAGUGGAAGAGAUCAACAAGAUUGGUGAAGCCAAUCCGUAUAGAGCAUUCUUUCACGAAGCAUUCAAGGAUUUGUAG